AUGGACUCCAAAGAUGUUGAACUUGAUGCUUCUGUGUUACCCAUAUUGUUAUUGGAAAACCGCUUGCCUUCACAUCUGACUGGCUUUGUUUCUUAUCCGUUUCCUCUUGGUGCCGUCAUCGCUCGGACCCCCUCGGCCUUCUCGUCCCUCACCUCACCUGCCCACGUGCUCCCAGUUGUGAAGCAGCGCAUGCAGAUGUACAAGUCGCCCUACCGGGGCGUGCUGGACUGUGUUCGCGCCGUGUGGCAAAGAGAGGGUCCCGGUGCCUUUUACCGCAGCUACCCCACCCAGCUCACCAUGAACGUGCCCUUCCAGGUGCUCCACUUCAUGACCUACGAGUACCUGCAGGAGCUGCUCAACCCCCACAGACAGUACAACCCCUCCUCCCACAUGCUGUCCGGGGGCCUGGCCGGGGCCAUCGCAGCGGCGACCACCACGCCCCUGGACGUCUGCAAGACCCUGCUCAACACCCAGGAGUCGCAAGCCCUCAGCUCCUCCGGCCAGAGCCAAGGAGCCCACAGACGCAUCUCAGGCCUGGUCCACGCCUUCAGGACGGUUUACAGGCUGGGCGGCCUGCAGGGCUUCUUCAAGGGAGUCCAAGCGAGGGUCAUCUACCAGAUGCCCUCCACGGCCAUCAGCUGGUCGGUGUACGAGUUCUUCAAAUACGGACUUACCAAGCACCAGCACGAGAAUAUGAGAAUCCAACAUAUCAAGGCCGAGGUGUAGAUUCCUCCUGGGUUUGAUCGCCUCUCGUAUAGAUCUGGCCCUCGCUGUGGCCACAUGCGCACAUAGAACCAGACUAAAUACGCCUCAGUUGUCCCAACCUUCGCAGACAGGGCAGAUAAGAAAGACACCUUCAUAGCCGUUUUUAGUAGUUUUGGAUCUGCUAAUCAUUUCAGUCGUAGGAGACGAUAUUUUCGCAGUAUUAUAAAGCUUCUUUAUAUUUACAUAAUCUGUGUUCAAGCAGAAGACUCACCGAGAAGUGGACAGGCAGCCAGCAGGGGGCAGUCUAGUCAAUCUGUCAUUUCUUUGCUUUAUGAACUUUGUUUUUUUUCCCCAUCAGUUUUAUUAUAGCUAGAUCAAGCUUUGCAAAAAAAAAAACACUUUGAACAUUAUAUAAAAUGCUGCAUCCCCAACUAAACACAUUUAAAAUUGUUAUACUACUCGAAUCAUACAUCGGUUAUCAGUCAUUUAACUGUACUCAGAUGCUUUUUAGGAAGCCUUUUCAGCCCAGUCUUUGUUGAUUAUAUAAAGAAUAUCAAUAUUUAAUAAUAAUUUAAUAAUUCUCCAAGCUCCAAUUUGACUUUUUGAGCUUCAAAUAAAUCCUUAUUUAUUUGUUCUGUUAAUUCUUAUGUCAAAGUCGAAAACUAUGACCCAGUGUACAACUUGGCUAAGAAAUCCCCUAAUUGUAUGUGUUUAUUUAUGAUAAUUAUUUGAUAAUUUUUUUUUAAUUAGACAUAUUUUUGUUUGUCCCUACUGCUGCAAUAUGUAAUGAUCGGUCUGUUUUCAGCUUGUGAACUACUGAGGCUUAGUGUUGGUGCUCAGCAGCAACAGUUGUGUUUUUACUGCGACCAAACGAGGAACUGAACUCCUAACAUUUCACACACGUUACCUGAAGCUGUCAUUCUUACUGGCUAAUGUCUGUCUAUGACACUGAUUUGCACUCGCUGAAUAAAACUUCAGCAGUCGGGCUCUGCUCGCUGUUCAUAAAAGAGAAA